AUGGCGUCGAACUAUGUCACGAAUAAUGUCCUGGUUACUAUGGGGGAUGACUUUCAGUAUCAAGACGCUGGCAUGUGGUUUAAAAAUUUGGAUAAAUUAAUAACAUAUGGCAACAUGAAAGCCGCCAAAGAUGGAUUAGAUAUAAAAUUGUUUUAUUCUACUCCUGACUGUUAUCUGAAAGCGGUAAAGGAUGCUAACGCGACAUUCCCAAUAAAGCAGGAUGACUUCUUCCCAUAUGCGAGUGACUCCACUGCUUAUUGGACUGGUUAUUUCACGUCAAGACCAACAACCAAAUACUUUGAGAGACUUGGGAAUAACUAUUUACAGGUGUUGAAACAACUUCAAGUAUUGGCUAACUUGGAGGAACACAACGUAUUUGUUUUGGACGAACUUCGUAGUGCUAUGGGUGUAAUGCAGCAUCACGACGCAGUGACUGGUACUGAAAAGGAACACGUAGCUCAUGAUUACGAGAGGAUAUUGGACUCGGCCAUUCGGGACGCCAGUCUUAUUGCCAACCAGGCCUUCAACAAAAUAUUGAACCCCAACGAGUCCCUACCUGCGUUUUCUUACAAGAGAUGUCGCUUCAAUGAAUCCAGCUGCCCUAUCUCCGAAAAUAGCGAGCAAUUUAUUGUGACAAUGUACAACCCUCUAGGAUGGGAUGUGAAACAGCCCAUCCGUGUGCCGGUAACAGAGGGAACAUAUUCUGUAUUUGCUCCGAAUGGAGACGAAAUUACAUCACAACUGAUAAAAAUACCAGAUCCAGUAAAAAACAUACCGACGAGAAAAUCAAAAGCCACACACGAAAUUGUAUUUAUGGCGUACCUUCAUCCACUCGGAAUAAAAUCAUUCUUUAUAAGAAAAAAUAAAAAGGACAAAAGAGAAACAAAAAGAGCAAAAGACUUCUACCUCAACGUCAACGAUUAUUUCAAAAACCUAAAAGAUAACAUCGACAUUGUCAUUAAAAGUGAAGACAACUUAAAAAAUUAUAAUGACUUGGCAAAUAAUUACCAAAGUGGUAAUCAUUUUGCAAGUUUUAAUACAAAUGAUGGAAGAUACGAUGAAAAAAUAAUUAAAAAUCCACAAGAGCUCGAAACGAUUGAUUGGAAUGUUUUAAAAGAUAAAGAUAGCUCAAAAGAGUAUUUUGAUGAAAUCGAGAAAUUACGAGUGGGAGUGGAAAGAGUUUUGGAGAAGAGUGGGUAUCCCUUUGCUAACGAAGAAGAGUUGAGGAUGCUAUCUGAUGAACCGAGGAUUGUGGAGAGGGAAGCCGAAAGUUAUAUAGAAAAUGAGCACUUCAAACUGCGUCUGGACAGUUCCGGUCAAAUCACUCAUUUAAUCCUCCCAGACAGAACAUUUAACAUGAAAAUACAAUUCUAUUAUUGGACUGGUUGUAUCGGAAAUAACACCAAACCCUCUGAAAGAUCCUCUGGCGCUUACAUUUUCAGACCAGAAACCACUCAACCAAAAUCCAUGUCCUUCAAAACGACGGCAAAACACCAAGGGCCCGUUGUUCAAGAAUUGUGGAUUGAAGGGGAUAAGAAUUUAGCUGCGAGUGUCCGAAUUUAUCACGAAAAGCAAUAUUUCGAAGUCGAUUAUGUUAUCGGACCAAUUGAUAUUACCGAUAAUACCGGUAAAGAAUACAUUGUUCGAUACGAAAGUGAUUUGGUCAAUAACGGUAUUUUUUACACUGAUUCAAAUGGACGGCAAACUUUGAAACGCAGGUUGAAUGAAAGGCCCCAGUGGAAUUUAACUUUGGAAGAACCCAUCGCGGGUAAUUACUAUCCGGUAACAAAUGAGAUUUUCAUAGAAGACAAAGAUACGAGAAUGACAAUUUUAACCGAUCGUUCUCAAGGUGGUACUUCGUUGGAGGAAGGACAAAUUGAGUUGAUGUUACAUAGACGAUUGCUUCACGAUGAUGCGUUUGGUGUUGGCGAAGCCCUAAAUGAAACAGCUAACGGUGUGGGCUUAGUUGUCCGUGGGAAACAACGCGUUUUAUUCCGAAAUGCAGGUGAAAAUUAUAAUACAACUAAAGAAAUUCUUGCAAUGCAUUUAGAGCCAAUAGUUUUGGUGGCAGACGCGAAAGAUCUGACCUAUGACCAAUGGAUGACGCUCAAACGUCUUACCGGUUUAAAAACCGAGUUGCCAACCGGUUUGCAUUUGUUGACAUUAGAGCCGUGGUCGAAAUCUAAAUUGUUGAUACGAUUCGAGAAUUAUUUGGAGAAAUCGGAUACUUCCACUGUAGAAAUUGAUCUAUCGAAUUUAUUUAAGAAUUUAAAUAUUAAAAGUUUUGAAGAAACGACGCUGGCUGCCAAUCAGAGGGUAGAUAAAGAGAAAUGGUCUUGGAAUAAAGAGAGGGUAUUUGUGGAAAGUUUCAAUAACAAUUAUGGUAAUUUUGGUGAAAUCAAAAUGGCGAAGGAAAAUGAGAUGGUUUCGGAUAACGGAUUUGUUAUUAAACUUAAAGCUAAAGAGAUAAGGACAUUCAUUGUUGAUUACGAGUAUUUAGAUGAAUAA